AUGUCCGUCGCCGCGUAUCGAAACCUUUGGCGCGCUGCGAGAAUCGCCUUUAAAGGUGACGAUCGGACUCUCACAGCUGCCCAUCAGCAAAUUCGACAAGGGUUUCGUGAACAAGCCGCUCUCGCGCCGACAGAUCCUUCCGUGGCACCGGCCAUCCAGAAAGCCGAAGACAUCGCGAAGAUCCUCCGAGAGAACGUCGUCCAAGGAAAGCAAGACAAAUCUCGCGUUUACAAGUUGCGCAUUCACGAAGACAUCGAACGGGGAGAUAACGAUUCUGUCAAGACAGCUGGCAGCGGCAAAGCAACCAUGGGUGGCUGCGGCUGUAGUUGA